ACAUAAAGUUUUAUUUUUAAUCUUACUUUUACUGAAAUUUACAACAUAAUAAUAACAGUUAAUUAGUUAAAUAAAAAUAUUCACUAACUCCAAAUCUGCAAAUUAUGAUUAUUGAACGCUUGUAGAUUGCUUCAGUCUGUACCACUAACACUAACAGCCGAAGCUUGGGUCCCCAAUGAAUUACCACGUCUUGGUUAACUAGGAUUGGCUCAACCUUGGCCCAAGACUGGUUUGUCAAUGAAUAGCCAAGGCUGGGAUAUCCAGGCUUUGCCCAAGCUUGGGUAAUCAUUGGUAUGGUCAAGGCUGGGUCAAUCAACCUUGUUCCGAGCCUGGGUUGACAAUAAAUGGCCAAGGCUGGGAUACCAUUGGUAUUACCGAAGCUGAGUUAAGUAGCUUGGCUCCUUUGUCAACUCUGGGGCUUCCUGUAUGGGAAUAUGCAAAAGUGGUUGAGCAUUUCGAUUAUCGUAUAUGAAGCGCCAGUUAGUAAGUUUCGUUUCAGAAUACUAUUUCCUGGUGGCGGUACUUAUUUUAAUGAAUCUUCUGGUUAUGGUACUGCCGCCCGGCAUAUAUACAAUUUAGCCGUACAAGCGAAUAAUGACGAUAUUUACUACCCUAUCUGGGGUAUAUGUUUAGGAAUGCAAGCUCUAAUUUACUCACAACUAGGAAAAGAUAUUAGAACAGAGAGAAAAUUGAAAAAAGUCGCCGUACCAUUGAAUUUUAUAACAGGUUUUAGAAACAGUAAACUCUUCUCAGAUAUACCGAACAAGAUAUUAGAAAUACUGGAAGCCCAUAAUGUUACGUAUAAUUUACACAAAUACGGUCUGACUGAAGAUGUAUUAAAAAAAUAUGAAAUACUCGAUGAUUGGAGAAUUCUAUCCACAAAUAGGGAUUCUAAUAAUCUAACUUUUAUAUCAUCCAUGGAACAUAAACGGUAUCCGUUUUACGGUCUGCAGUUUCAUCCGGAAAAAAAUAUUUUUGAAUUUUCCAAAAAUUCCGGUAUACCUCAUUCGAGUAUAGCUGUUAGAGCGUCUCAAUAUUUCGCGAAUUUUUUUGUCGACGAAUGUAGGAAGAAUACGAAUUGUUUCGAUAACGAAGAUAUUGAAAAAGGCGUUUUAAUUUAUAAUUACAACCCUAUUUACACUGGAUUGAAUAAAUCAUCCUACGAACAGUUGUACGCUUUUACCAAAGAAGAUUAUCUGAAUUGUUCGUUAGUCAAAUCUCAUCUAGUCUGAUUUUUUUGUGAUAUCUCGUUCAAAUAGUCUGAUGUAUCUUUAAAUUAACGUUAAUUGUGAUUUUAAAAGUGUUAAAAUAAAAUGAUAAUAGAUUUUUUUGUGUAUUAA